UCCGAGACUGCCUCUAAUCUGAUAGUGAGGGCAGGUUGCCGUGGCGACAAGUUGCGGAAGUGACCUCAGCCUGUGGAAAAGAUGGCGGAAGAACUGUGGAAGUGAGGCAAGCCCGUAUCGCAUAGAGCUGGUUGUUGUAGCCCCAGUCGGUGCAGGUGUGUGUCGGACAGAGGAUGCAGCGCGCAGAUUUCCAGUUGGAAUAAGUUAGCAGGCUGUUGAUCCCUGCUAACUACAAGGGUCCUUGCUGUGCACCAUCCAACCACGGCAGCACACGUGAAGCCCACAGUGUGUAGAGUUGUCGUCUAUUUGCAGCGAGAGAUGUCAGGAGAUACUUGCUUGACAGCUGUGUGCCCGGCCUCUGGAGCCAAACCUAAAACGUACAGCUUCAAAGGAGGAUGUUUAGGAAAUAAGUACAUACGGCUAAAUGUGGGGGGCUGCUUGUAUUAUACUACAGUGCAGGUACUCACAAGACACGAUACUAUGCUCAAAGCCAUGUUCAGUGGGCGCAUGGAGGUUCUGACAGACAAGGAAGGUUGGAUUCUUAUUGACCGCUGUGGAAAGCAUUUUGGGAGCAUUUUAAACUAUCUUCGAGAUGAUACCAUUGCUCUUCCAAAAAGCAGACAUGAAAUCAAGGAGUUAAUGGCUGAAGCCAAAUAUUACCUCAUUCAGGGUUUGGUAGAUAAGUGCCAAACAGCACUACAGGAUACGAAUGAUACAUAUGAGGCAGUCUGUAAUAUUCCUAUUAUCACAUCCCCCAAAGAAGAAGAAAAGCUUAUUGAAUCGUCUGCCAAGCCAGUGGUAAAGUUGCUAUACAACAGAAGCAACAACAAAUACUCUUAUACCAGCAAUUCUGAUGACCAUCUCCUGAAAAACAUUGAACUAUUUGACAAGCUUUCCCUCCGCUUCAAUGGGCGCGUCUUAUUCAUUAAAGAUGUGAUUGGUGAUGAAAUUUGCUGCUGGUCAUUCUAUGGUCAGGGUCGAAAGUUAGCAGAAGUCUGCUGCACUUCGAUUGUUUACGCCACAGAAAAGAAGCAAACAAAGGUUGAGUUCCCCGAGGCACGCAUCUAUGAAGAGACUCUAAAUGUUCUGCUAUAUGAGACCCCUAGAGUCCCUGACAACUCUUUGCUAGAAGCCACCAGCCGUAUACGCAGCCAAGCGUCGCACAGCGAAGAUGAUGACGGAUUUGAGCUUCGUGACAGAGUGCGUCGUAUUCAUGUAAAGCGAUACAGCACAUAUGAUGAUCGGCAGCUUGGUCACCAGUCAGCUUACAGAGACUAACCCUGGAGUAAUGAGCUUUUAAGAAAUGAGGCAAAGAUAUUCUUUGCCUUUAGACUAUUUUAGCCAGACCCUUUUUGUAGGAGCUAUCAUAUUUAAUUCUCUUGCUCCAAAGCUCUUGCACCUCAACCACUCUUCAGCAUAAAUCGGAUCAUUAGAAAGGUAGACUCACUUUUUCCCUUUUAGUGGGCUGCUCUGUAUGAAAAAAACAAUAUGAGUAAGAUGUUUCCCACAACCAAGGGUGCACAAUGUUCGUCUUUCUCUGUCUUUUGUCUGAAAGAGGCAAUAUCAAUAAUCUUGCUGAGUUUCCUGAUCUGAGGGUAACACUACAUGUGUAUUGCGUAUAGGUCCAUGAUAAGCUGAGCCGUUGGGAUUAAAGUGGGAGUUUUGGUACAAAGCUGCAGUGCAAGUGCGUGCAUGUUAUAAAACAUUUCCCAUUAGUUAAGGAUUUAAUCAUGUUUAUCUUACCAUGUUACUGACCUCACAAGCUGAGACAGUCGAGUAAGUAGUGUUAUUGCUUAAUCUUUGUUGCCUAAGGUAGAAAGUCUGUGUGGAGUUGGCACUGCUAUGUGGACACUGAAGACAAGAAGGCAAUGCACAGAGUUUUAUUAGAAACAUGUAAGUGGCAUAACAUUUCAGGGAGAAAGAAGCUGCAUUUCACAAAUAAUUAAUGCCCCUGAAAUGCUGUGCCUCUCUCUCAUGCUUUUAAGAAGUGGCUUCAGAGUUGGGUACUUCUCUGCUGAGUGUAGUGACAGCUGUAUGGCAUCAGUUUGUUUUACAGUCCCUUUCUGAAUAGUAGUUUUUUUUGCAUUUAUUUUCCCUUAAAUAAACAUAUAGUGAAGGGUUGUAGUGCACUGCAUGCUGGGAUUUAUACAUUAACAUGGUGCUGCCAUAUUGCAGUACAAUUUAUUCAUCACAGAUUGUAGUAUAACAGCAACAAUUCUUGCUUUAUAUAGAGCAGUCCUUCUAAGGCCAACAGUACGGCAGUGCCCUUUGUUUAUAAAUUCAGGUAUUCAGAAAUGGGAUUUUCUGUGCAAACAAUAGGCUGUCCUUGUAAAUGUCUUUGCUCAGUCUAGAUAAAAUACAUGCAGUAAAUAUGUUGUGCCCCUUUACCAGAUCCUAAGAAGUUUGAAAAUCCCAGUUACAAACCAAGUAACUUCGAACCAUUAGAUUAAUGUAGAUACUGUAUUCAACUUUUUAUUUUUGUGCUUAGUUCUGCAUCAUUAGGAGCAUUAGCAAGUGACCCCAAAUUUCUGAUACAACUUAAAAACUGAUCUUGUACAUGUUUUUGUGGUUUUUACAACCCAGGGGUUUGCUUGGGAGCAUUAGAUGUGCCCAUAACUUAUACUGAAGCCUAUCUGCCCUUACUAUGAACUUAUGUGACAAAACAAGAAGUUGCAACUAUGAUAUCAAAUGAUACUGGCCAGGGACUGUUUUUCAUUUCUGUUGAAAUAUAUAUAUUUAUAUUGCCAAAUUUCCCUCUACAUAGACUGAUUUUAAAACAGUGGGGACAUUAUUCUACACUCUAGUGACAUGUGGGUUGAGAAAAAUUAGUCCCUAACCCUCUGUGCUCUCCAACUUAUAUACGGCCGCCAUGAUGUCCGGUAGGGGGCGGGGCACGCCAGCGCACUGGUAUAUAAAAAGAAGGGUGCCUAGCGCAAGUGGGGCUCUAGGAGGUUGCAAACUUUGUGCAGAUGUUGACCCGAACCCAGGACUUCGGGUCAGCCUGCACAUCACUACUGGACUCCUCUAUAAUGCACCAUUAGCUUCUGAGUGGGUGAUUCAUUAAUAAUUAAAAAAUAACUCCUAUAAAUGCCAUUGUGAUUCACAGUGCUCAUAGGCAGGACCUCUCAGGGGUAGUUGGUUUCAGACAACCCUGUCUAGUACUUAGAAAAAGAACUUUGCUUUUUCUUAUUUUGAAAGUGGAAUGCCCUCUGUGUAUAAAUUAUGCAGCACAAUAAGUCUUAUAAACCACUGUCACCUCAGUAGCCCAGAGCAUAACUGUAACAUACAUAUACAAGAUCUCAAAUUGUUAUCAUUGGGAGCCAUACUCUAUAGAGAGUGCUUUAUUGCCAACCUUGUCCAAUCACAUCCUAGUCUUAAUCUUUUUUUUUUUUUUUAAUUAUUAUUAUUAAUUGCUUGUUUUGAUUUUGCUGUUGGAGUUAUUUAAACGUUCUGAGUGAAGUAGGGUUGCUACAUGAUGCAGUUGACUUGCGAGUUGCCAUUUGCAGCUUUUAUUACCUUGUCUCUUAUCGGUAACACAGUGAAGCUCAAACGCUGCACUUUUAAUAUGGCUUUAUUAGGAUGGUCCAAACAUUUCUACAUUUGGGCUUCCAAAAUCUACAGAUUUGACUUCUAAAUGGACUUAAAGAGAACACUAUAUUGAACAUAUGCAGUAGAAUGUAGAUUUUAGCUGUGUUGUCAAAGGUUGGGCUGUUUGUACCUUUUCAGACAGGCUCCAUCUACUUUGUCACAUGAUAUUAUGGUAUGGGUGAGCCCGGCACAUCUGGGGUAAAAAAAAAAGGUGGGGGAGGCAAAGUUUGCAAUGUUUAGUUUCCCCUAGCAAGUUUGUUUUCUUGCAGCUGGACAGUAAAUUGUGCCUUCUGGUUGGAUGCUUUGGGUUACUAGACCUGUAGCAAAAUGUGCAA